AUGUCUGCAGCUUUCAAGUUGGCCAAAAAGAAAUACUCGCAGCAAGAUCUGCGGCGUAUUAUGAGUGAAACUAAGGCAUCCAAGCAACAGCAACAAUCGGACGGCGAAUCGAACCGAAUCGAUUCACCUCUAGCAAAGUAUAACGAUGCAGGACAGUUAAUGUGCGUCCUUUGUCGGUCGGUAGUACGGUCUGCCGCAGUUUGGAAAGUUCAUCUCAAUUCUAAGCAACACAAAGAAAACGUCGAACUAGCCAAGAAGCUAAAGGAUGCUUCUGUGGCCAAAAGUACGGAGCCUUCAAAACUUAGCAAUGCACCGCAAUCCCAUUUGAAACGGGCAGGAACUGAACAAACCGCUGCCGAAAGUGUGCCAGUAAAAAAGAUUAAAGGAAUAUUGAAGAAUUCUACUAAACCGGAAGUAACACAGAAUGGAUUACCGGAAGACUUUUUCGAUAAUGGCACGGGAAAUACUGCCAAUACAGUAGUCUCCUCCAUACGUAAGGAUCUCGUAAACAUCCGACUUCCCGAAAGGCACCGUGAACAGCAGCAUGUCGAAUCGAUGGAUACCGAAGAGGCUGCACCUGAUGCGGGUGGAUCUAAGGUGCUACCGGAUGAAGAGAAAUUGCCCGAAGGAUUUUUCGACGAUCCCAAAAUGGAUGCAAAAGCGCGCAAUCAAGAGUACAAGGACCCGAACGAUGAGGAGUGGGAAAAGUUUCAAAAAGAAAUUAAGGAAGCAACAAACGUUUCCAUGGCUAUUAUCAGUGAAGAGCAAGAGGAAUCUACUGCCGAACGGCAAAUAGCAGAGAUAGAUGAACAAAUUCGCAAUUGGUCCCGGGUGUUGGAUUUAGAAAAAAAGAAGGAGCAAGUUAAAACCAUGAAAGGAUCGACGGAUUCCGAAGGCCGCACUAUGUAUCUUGCAAACGUCAGCCAAUCUAUAACACAAACAGCCGAAGAGGAUGAUCGCGAAGAUGACGAUGAUGAUGAGGAGUUUGAUGAGUUUUUAGAUUGGAGAGCAAAGAAAUCGUUCAAAUAGAGUGAUA